UAUUUGAGAAAGAGUUUGUCUGAGUAUUGUUGAGAGCAGAAAGAAACGACAUAUUAAGCGUAAUGAGAUUGAGACGAGUGUUUUUUCUCCAUUAGUCUCCUCUCCUGUAUAUUUUUGGUGUCAAGCACUGCAACGCACAUUUCGUGAACAACACACAAUCAAUACAACGCGCUCAUCCACGCGUGUCUGUGUAGUUCUCAAUUCUCAUAAAAACUCGCAAUCAUUCCCGCUUGUUUCUUCAUUUAAGUUUCAACAUUUUCUUCAAUGGAGUUCAAAUUUCGUGCCAUAGACAACAUCAAACCAUCACCCACCUCUCGUUCUCUCUCCACCGUCGCUUACAUCCCUGAUCGAUCACUUCAACUUCCAUCAUCAUUGGACGGUGAUUUUUCUCGCUACCGAGUACCGUUAGUCGGCGAGGCAUUGCGACGGGAGCUCGAGAAAGAACAAAUCCGCCGCGAGAUAAUCGCUGGCGAGAUUUCCCGGCGGAGAGAGUUGGAGGAGGAAGUUAGAAGGGAACUUGCGCUGGAGAGAGCGUUGGGAAUUCCAAUGCAGAGGCCGCUCUCAUUUCAGGAACGAUUGUCUCCGUGGUCAAACCAUGUUGCUUCUGUUGAUGAUCGCAUCGGUGCGUCGACGCAACAACCAUUCGUUAUGCCUCUUCCUCCACAGAUCACUGACAACAAGGACAAAGUUAUCGUGUUGGCUAAGCCAGAUCCUGGUCUCUAUAAUGCAAAGCGAAAAGCAAUGGUGCCUGUUGUUGAUGACCCCGAGCCUUCUGCAUUUGGUUUGAAGAAAAAAUCCAAGGAGGAGUGGAGUUGUGCUCUGUGUGAGAUUAAAGCCACAAGUGAGAGUGGCUUGAAUGCUCAUCUGAAUGGUAAGAAGCACAAAGCCAAGGAAGCAGGUCACAAUAUUCGGAAGAAUAAUAAAAGCAACAAAGCAUUUUUGUCGCGAAUGAAAACAGAAAAAACUGUGAAGGCUACUGAAACCAUCGGUACCACAAAGUCAGGGUUGGAUGCAAAAACAGAUCAACAACCUGCCCAACCUUGCAUAGCCUUGGGGAUGAUGAAUGAGACUGUGGUUGAUAAAGGUGUAGCAGAAUCUAUAAAUGUGGAGAAGCUUGCGGAGACAAUGAUUGAUAAAGGUGUAACAGAAUCCAAAAAUGAAGAGCAGCUUGUGGAGAUAAACCAAAAUACAGGUACUUUGAAGAAUAAAAAAGACACUGCAAUUCAGGAAGCAAGCAAGAUAAAUGCAGGGACAAGAAAGGGGAAGGUUGAACGAUUAUGGUGUGAGAUUUGUCGAGUUGGUACUUUCUCACAAGUUGUGAUGGAAGGUCACAAAAAAGGGAAAAAACACAUAAGUAAAAUGAAGAAAUUCAGUCAAAACAAUGUAAGUUCUCCAUCCACAUCAGGUAGUGAAGCUCCCAAGUUGAUCAAAGAUACAGAUGGUGUCAACAAAGAAACAGAUCAAAGGAUAACACCUGUAGUGCAGAUAGAAACAAUAUUUAGAUGAUAUUGGCAACUGCUUACUAGUUAUUAGUUAUGUAUUGGAGCCUUACUUACAUGAGGAACUCAUUUGACAUUCUGAAGUGUGUUUGUUUAACUGUUAACAUCUUUUUUGAGCUCUGAAUAUUAUGAUAUCUGACUUGUAUUUUAAAGAAUUUUAAUUUUUUUAAUUGAACUGGACAUGAUACUUGGUUGAUAAUUU